GCGGCGACACACAUUACCGGAAGGCUACAUGACAUGUCUGGUUACCAUGGUUACAGCUGUUUAAACAUCAAGGACUGAAAUGGCCACAUGCUGAUUCGCCUUCACAAGUACCCUACAUAUGAUUGAUAAUAAUGUCAAAAUCAAAGCAAGACCAACUGUACGAGUUCAAUAUGCAGAGGGAGACGUGGUGUCGCGUGGAGACAACCAGUAGGUUCUGGAAUUUACCUGAAAGGAAACACUUCUGCGCUCACCUCCAGAACAGCUGUGACUUCAGCGCGCUGCAGACCGCGCGCCCCGAGCAGCGCUCCUCCUGGAUGGACAGAGACGACAACAGCAGACAUCCCGAGCGAAGACACUUCGAGGACAGCUAUAAAAGUCAUCAAGUGUUAGGAACUUCAAUCAACCUCUGUGAAGAUUAUUUUUUUUCUCCAGACAGCAAUACACGUGUAAUGAAGCGAUCUGGCAAUUAAAAAGUGGAUUAAUUC